AUGGCGGGGGCCCUGCUGCCCCUGCUCCUGCGGCUGGGGACCCUGGCGCUGGCCGUGGGCGCGGGAGGUGGGGCCGUCCCCAGGGAGCCCCCCAGGCCUGCUGACACCCACACCCACCAGCAGCAGGCACCUGCCCACUCCUCAGCCCCUGCUGGCAGCCCCCAGGAGCAGGGGCACCCCCUUCGAGAGUGGCUUGGGCGGCUGGAGGCUGCGGUGAUGGAGCUCAGACAGCAGAAUGAGGACCUGAAGGCGAGGGUGCAGCGGCUGGAGGCCUGCGAGUGCCGCCCCGCCUCUCCUCAGUGCUGGGGGCUGGGGCGUGCCUGGCCUGAGGGUGCCCGCUGGGAGCCUGACGCCUGCACGGCCUGCACCUGCCAGGAUGGGGCCGCGCGCUGUGGCCCCCAGACCCACCUGCCCCACUGCCGGGGCUGCAGCCACAGUGGUCAGACCUAUGGCAAUGGGGAGACCUUCUCCCCAGACGCCUGCACCACCUGCCGCUGCCUGGCAGGGACCGUGCGGUGCCAGGGGCCCUCAUGCUCAGAGCUCAACUGCCUGGAGAGCUAUACUCCACCUGGGGAGUGCUGCCCCAUCUGCUGCACAGAAGGGGGCUCUCACUGGGAGCACGGCCAAGAGUGGACCGCACCUGGGGACCCCUGCCAGAUCUGCCGGUGCCUGGAGGGCCACAUCCAGUGCCGCCAGCGGGAAUGCACCAGCCUGUGCCCGUAUCCUGCCCGGCCCCUCCCGGGCACCUGCUGCCCCGUGUGUGAUGGCUGCUUCCUAAACGGGCGGGAGCACCGCAGCGGGGAGCCCGUGGGCUCCGGGGACCCCUGCUCCCACUGCCGCUGUGCUAACGGGAGUGUCCAGUGUGAGCCUCUGCCCUGCCCGCCCGUGCCCUGCAGACACCCAGGCAGGAUCCCUGGGCAGUGCUGCCCAGUCUGUGACGGCUGUGAGUACCAGGGACACCAGUAUCAAAGCCAGGAGACCUUCAGACUCCAAGAGAGUGGCCGCUGCGUCCGCUGCUCCUGCCAGGCUGGCGAGGUGUCCUGUGAGGAGCAGGAGUGCCCACUCGCCCCCUGUGCCCCGCCUGCCUCCGGCCCCCAGCUCUGCCCAGCCUGCGUGCUGGAUGGAGAGGAGUUUGCCGAGGGCGUCCAGUGGGAGCCUGAUGGUCAGCCCUGCACCGCCUGCUCCUGUCAAGAUGGGGCGCCCAUGUGUGGAGCUGUGCUCUGCCCCCCAGCCCCCUGCCAGCACCCCACCCAGCCCCCUGGUGCCUGCUGUCCCAGCUGUGAGAGCUGCACCUACCACGGCAGAGUGUAUGCCAAUGGGCAGAACUUCACGGACGCAGACAGCCCUUGCCACACCUGCCGCUGUGAGGAUGGGACUGUGAGGUGCUCCUUGGUCGACUGCCCUCCCACGACCUGUGCCAGGCCCCAGAGUGGACCCGGCCAGUGCUGCCCCAGGUGCCCAGACUGCAUCCUGGAGAAACAGGUGUUUGUGGACGGCGAGAGGUUCUCUCACCCCGGAGACCCCUGCCAAGAGUGCCAGUGCCAGGACGGCCAUGCCCACUGCCAGCGUCGCACCUGCCCUAGGCCCCCCUGUGCCCACCCGCUGCCUGGGACCUGCUGCCAGAACGACUGCAGUGGCUGUGCCUUCGGUGGGAAAGAGUACCCCAACGGAGCGGACUUCCCCCACCCCACUGACCCCUGCCGUCUGUGUCGCUGUCUGAGCGGCAACGCGCAGUGCCUGGCCCGCCGCUGCCCGCCGCUGCCCUGUCCCGAGCCGGUCCUGCUGCCGGGAGAGUGCUGCCCGCAGUGCCCGGCCGUUCCUGCCGCCAGCUGCCCGCGGCCGGGUGGCGCGGUCCCCGCCCGCCACCAGGAGCACUUCUCCCCGUCCGGCGACCCUUGCCGCCGCUGUCUCUGUCUCCACGGCGCCGUGUCCUGCCAGAGGCUGCCCUGCCCGCCCGCGCCCUGCGCCCACCCGCGCCAGGGGCCCUGCUGCCCCUCCUGCGACGGCUGCCUGUACCGGGGGAAGGAGUUUGCCAGCGGGGAGCGCUUCCCCUCGCCCGCCGCCGCGUGCCACGUCUGCCUCUGCUGGGAGGGCGGCGUGAGCUGCGAGCGCAGGGCUUGUGCCCCCGCGCAGUGCCCCUUCCCCACCAGGGGCGACUGCUGCCCAUCCUGUGACGGCUGUGAGUACCUGGGGGAGUCCUACCUGAGCAGCCAGGAGUUCCUGGAUCCCCGAGAACCCUGCAACCUGUGUACCUGCCUUGGAGGCUUUGUGACCUGUAGCCACAGGCCCUGUGAGCCUCUGGGCUGCAGCCACCCCCUCACCCCGUCUGGGCACUGCUGCCCCACCUGCCAGGGAUGCCUGUACCACGGCGUCACCGCUGCCCCCGGAGAGACCCUCCCUGACCCACUUGACCCUGCCUGCUCCCUCUGUACCUGCCAGGAAGGUUCCAUGCACUGCCAGAAGAAGCCAUGUCCCCCAGCUCUCUGCCCCCACCCCUCUCCAGGCCCCUGCUUCUGCCCUGUGUGCCACAGCUGCCUCUCUCAGGGCCGGGAGCACCAGGACGGGGAAGAGUUCGAGGGACCUGCAGGCAGCUGUGAGCAGUGUCGCUGUCAGGCCGGCCAGGUCAGCUGUGUGCGGCUGCGGUGCCCACCCCUGCCCUGCCCGCUGCAGGUCACAGAGCAGGGGAACUGCUGCCCUCGCUGCAGAGGCUGUCUGGCUCAUGGCGACGAGCACCCUGAAGGCAGUAGCUGGGUGCCCCCCGACAGCCCCUGCUCCUCCUGCGUAUGUCACCAGGGCGUUGUCACCUGUGCCCGCGUCCAGUGUGUCAGCUUCUGUGCCCAGCCCCAUCAGGGGCCUGGUGACUGCUGCCCUCGAUGCUCUGACUGCGAGCACGAGGGGCGGAAGUAUGAGCCCGGGGAGAGCUUCCAGCCUGGGGCGGACCCCUGUGAAGUGUGCAUCUGUGAGCCGCAGCCUGAGGGGCCGCCCAGCCUUCGCUGUCACCGGCGUCAGUGUCCCAGCCUGGUGGGCUGCCCCCCAAGCCAGCUCGUGCCCCCUGGCCCCCAGCACUGCUGCCCCACGUGUGCUCAGGCUCUGAGAAACUGCUCAGAGGGCCCACUGGGGUCUGAGCUGGUCCCGCCAGACCCCUGCUACACGUGCCAGUGCCAGGACCUGACAUGGCUCUGCAUUCAGCGGCCCUGUCCUGAGCUCAGCUGUCCCCUGCAGGAGCGCCACACCCCCCCUGGGAGCUGCUGCCCCAUGUGCCGGGCCCCCACCCAGUCGUGCGUGCAUCAGGGCCGAGAGGUGGCCUCUGGGGAGCGCUGGGCGGUGGACGCCUGCAGCAGCUGUUCCUGCGUGGCCGGCACUGUGCGCUGCCAAAGCCAGCGCUGCCGGCUGCUCUCGUGUGGCCCCGACGAGGCCCCUGCCCUGAGUCCCGGCAGCUGCUGCCCCCGCUGUCUGCCCCGGCCGGCUUCCUGCAUGGCCUUCGGAGACCCGCAUUACCGCACCUUCGACGGCCGCCUGGUGCACUUCCAGGGCAGCUGCAGCUACGUGCUGGCCAAGGACUGCCAAGGCGGGGACUUCAGCGUGCAUGUGACCAACGAUGACCGAGGCCGGAUCAGUGUGGCCUGGACCCAGGAGGUGGCGGUGCUGCUGGGAGACGUGGUGGUGCGGCUGUUGCAGGGCAAGGCGGUCACGGUGGAUGGGCUCCGGGUGGCCUUGCCCUUCCUGCAGGAGCCGCUGCUGUACGUGGAGCUGCGGGGACGCACCGUGAUCCUGCAUGCCCAGCCCGGGCUCCAGGUGCUGUGGGAUGGGCAGUCCCAGGUGGAGGUGAGCGUGCCCGGCUCCUACCGGGGCCAGACGUGUGGGCUCUGUGGGAACUUCAAUGGCUUUGCCCAGGAUGAUUUGCAGGGCCCUGAGGGGCUGCUCCUGCCCACGGAGGCUGCGUUUGGGAACAGCUGGCAGGUCCCAGAGGGGCCAGGCCCUAGCCGGCCCUGUUCCGCGGGCCAAGAGGUGGAUCCAUGCCGGACAGCAGGUUACCGUGCCAGGCGUGAGGCCAAUGCCCGGUGUGGGGUGCUGAAGUCCUCCCCAUUCAGUCGCUGCCACGCUGUGGUGCCAGCAGAGCCCUUCUUUGCCGCCUGUGUGUAUGACCUAUGUGCCUGUGGCCCUGGCUCCUCAGCCGAUGCCUGCCUCUGUGAUGCCCUGGAAGCCUAUGCCAGUCACUGUCGCCAGGCAGGAGUGACGCCUGCCUGGCGGGGGCCCACGCUCUGUGCGGUGGGCUGUCCCCUGGAUCGUGGCUUUGUGUUUGAUGAGUGUGGCCCGCCCUGUCCCCGCACCUGCUUCAACCUGCACGUCCCCCUGGGGGAGCUGGCUGCCCACUGUGUGAGGCCCUGCGUUCCCGGCUGCCAGUGCCCCGCAGGCCUGGUGGAGCAUGAGGCCCACUGUAUCCCACCCGAGGCCUGCCCUCCAGUCCUGAUCACUGGGGACCAGCCACUCAGCGCUCUGCCCAGCCCCAGCCGGGAACCAUAG